GCGAGGCGCUUCGCAGGGGUCCAGGGGCGCUGCUCUACUGCUAGAGAAGUCCCAGGAGGAGACAUCUUUCAAAGCUAUAAAUCACUUUCAACAUCAGGACAGCUUACAGAGGCUGCAAGGAUGGUGAUCAAGAUCUAAUGAAGAAGAGCCAAGGCUCCAGCAGUAAUGCAUCGGUGUCAGACUGAAAAUGAAGCUUAGAAGAUUACCUUCGUGCCUGCCCUACAGGUGAUUCUGGAGCAUCACACAGGCUGUCACCGUGUUCUUCAUGGAGAAGUGUAUAUACCCGUUGCUUCCUCAUUGAAACUGUGUGACUGCAAGGGGGAAUGCAGCUGUGAAAACACACAGAGACGUGAGAACAGACCUCUUUCAGGACUAGAGAAUCAGCAAGAUGAUACUAGCUGUGCGAUAUGGCUUUCUGAUGACACUGCAACCUGUACUGGUGUCAAAAUAUUACUGUCACACUGUGGAAAUAAUGAGAGAAGAAAAUAGUUGAGAGAGCAGUUUUAUCAGAAGGGCUUCUGUUGCUCAGAAUGGAUUGAAAUUUUUCUUUCCCAUUGCCAGAAGGAGCAGCAGUUUUCACUGCAGAUGCCAGAGUCCUGAGAGAGCAAAUUGCUUCACCCUUUACCAGCACUGUCAUCUUUUUCUGCCAUGGGACCGGACAGUGGUUUCUUGAGCACCGGGCUGUUUCAUGCCAUCCUAUGGGGGAGCUUGGCAGCCCUAACCAUGCUCCUGAUUUUCAGUUUUCUCUUCUUUUUAUGUUCUAGUUGUGACAGGGAGAAGAGACCCAAGCAACAGAAUGGAGACCAUGAAAAUCUGAUGAAUGUGCCUUCAGAUAAAGAGGCAUUCAGCCACUCUGUUACAAGUCUAGCUACAGAUCCUCUUGCCAGCAGUGAACAAAAUGGUAGACUCAGUAAUGGUGAUGUCCUCUCAGAAGAUAGCACAACUGCUUGCAUCCAGCCUUACGAAGAAGUGCAAACUUCUGUUACAGAUCUGUUAGAUCAUCAGGACAGUCUGGGAAGAUCAUUAAAAUGUCAUCAAAGCAGGGAGCUACCCAGAAUUCCCCCAAAUAAUGCCAUUGAAACUAUGCUGUCAACAAGAACUACAGAAAGCGAUCAUGUUGUAGGAACGGAGGGGCCCUAUGAAGUACUGAAAGACAGCUCCUCCCAGGAAAACAUUGUUGAGGACUGCUUGUAUGAAACAGUGAAGGAAAUUAAGGAGCUGGGAGCAGCCACUAAUUCAGACAAGAGCUGCAGUAUCAGACCCAAAGCAACAGUGAUAGUUAAUGGGAGUCUUGAUCAUGUCUCUGAACGCAAGACUGAGUCAGCUGAAUAUGCAUCUGUUGACCGAAAUAAAAAGAGUCGUCAAAGUGCCAAUUCAGAGAGUCCUCUUAGCAACACUCCAGACAUGGAAGAUGAAGCUCCACCUCCAGUACCUGUGAAGCUCCUAGAUGAAAAUGAGAAUGUCCAGGAGAAAGGAGCCAAAGUGGAGGAAGAGGUGACAGAUGGCCCUAGUGAACCUGACAAGAGGCUUAGUUCACUGUCUUACAAAUCCCGAGAAGAAGACCCAUCUCUUACAGAAGAUGAGAUUUCAGCAAUGUACUCAUCUGUAAAUAAGCCAGGGCAGGCCACCAGACAGCUGGAGUCUACAUAUACCAGUAUCCCUGAAAAUGUACCUCAGAAAUCGCCAUCUAUUUGCAGUGGCCUGUAUGCUAGCGUGAAGGACUUGGAAAAUGCCCCAAACCAUAUCUCCACACCUCACUCAUCAGACAGACUAAAUGGGGAGUUAGAGUCUGACUAUGAAGCAAUUCAGACUCUAAGUCACGAGGAAGACAGAAAUGUUUCGGUGCCUAAUACCAACCAAUCGGAUCUCUCACAAGAGAAUGAUUAUGAGAGCAUUGGAGACUUGCAGCAAAACAGAGACAUCACCAGGCUUUAACGACACUUGAUACAAGGUCACUGGGGUUGUCCUACUGGUACUUGUUUCAGGAGGCUGAAGGCUGAUUCACUCCAUGUCUCAAGACUUAGCCAUGUGACUGAAAUGAGGCACUGAAAAGGCUUUUCUGUUUGUCCGAAGCGAUGUCAGAUAAUACAAGAGCUCUGUCUAUGGUGUUUGACCUGUGAUGGCUGUUUCACAUGAGCAAGUCAUCUUGCAUAUGUGAGCUCACCUUUUGAAGUAUGAAGAAGGCUAUUUUCUCCACUUGAAGAACGGAAAUAGAGAGGAGAAGAGGCCAAGUAGAAGCCACAAGCUAAAAGGAAAAUCUGUGCAUGUUUUGCCACAAUGUACAAUGAUAUCUGCCUUGUCUUGUAUGUGAUGGUCACCUCAACCUGCGAUAAUUCAAAAUGAAAGCUGAAGGUACUGAAAAGGCUUCCUUAGAGAGAACCAGUAACAAGUGUCAUUCAUGUUGUCUGCAAAAUAUACAGAGAGAAAGGGAGCCUGUUGUUAAAAAGCCAAGUUUUAAUUUAAAACACUUUGUCACCCUUCUGAUAUAGGUCCCCUUCUGAUGGGCUGACACAAGCAUUUAGGUAUGCCAUAAAGUUUGUGAUGGUUGUCAUGCAAAGGAUCACUCAGCACACAUACAUGCACACUGGCAAAGAACUGUAGGUUUGCAAUGCCAUGCCUAGGGUAGCACAUCACCAAAAAAGCAGCUGUAGGAGCUAUGGGUAUUAAAAGUGUAAUAUGAAAACCCGAUUGCACUUUCAGGCUUCAGCUUGCAUCUUUCUCUGCACAGGUACGAAAACACAGCCAUUUAGCAAAAAGGUGGUUGUGGGAACUAGUUGCGAGGAACUGCAGUCUGAGAUGGUAAAAAGUGAUAUGCCGACUUGUUUGCUUUGUUGUGGUCUAUGGAAUGGUACUCUCAUUCCCAAGUAUCUUGUAGAAUUCAUUUUUCAUAGAAUACUGUGAUCUCGUAGCAUUUAGAACACACCCGUUUCUUCCUUGGGACUGCGUUCCUCAUGGUUUAAAAGUUAGGAUUUCAUGCAGACACUCCAAUAAUUUAUUUUAAUGUUUACAAUAUUUAGUAAUAUGUUACCAGCCCAAAUAGGCAUCUGGAGUACAGAACAUUACAGACUGGUAUUGAAUUAUGGAAUUACUGGUGUGGUGGCCGCACUGGAAGAUCACACCAAAGUGUUCAGUAGUGAAGCCUAAAGCAGGAAGUGAGUGGUGAGUCGUUAAGUGAAAAAUUAAUGCACACAGAUGAAAAUAAAAUCCGAACAGAUCCAGAAACUUUUUUCAGUCAACGACAAUUUUGUCAUCCUUAGAACUGCUCCAAGCAAUAUAACUGGGAAAGGCUUGAGGCAGUUUUGAACCUUACAACCACAGUGACAAUUUCAUACCAUCACUGAAAGAUGAAUAUGGUGUUCAUAUUUUGUACACGGCUGAGUGUACACGGCUGAUCACCUACUUCUUGAUCCUGCUGCUGCUAGGGUAGACAGUACUGACCAAGGGAGACCCUUGUUUGUGGCUUUUCCUAGAUUCAGGGAGGGGAAAUGUCGUAUGUGUAGACAGCAUGAGAAAACACACCGGAUUAUGUGCAUACAGGUGCCUAUGCACAAAACAAUGUCAUUGUCCAUAAUAGAACAUUUCUUGCCUUAUAAUUAUGCAGUCCCAGCUGU